AUUAACGGCAGAUCAUUAACAGGGAUACAGAGUCACUGAAACACACCUGCUCAUCUCUGCCUUUCUAACAGGGAAGUUGUUCCAACCACCUGGGACUGUUUUAUAAACGGACAGCGCUCGGACCAAACAGAUUUCCAGCAGGAAUAAUAGGUUAUAUAUUAAUAAAAAACUCGACCUUAUCAUUGGAUACACCGCGAAGCUCCGAAACAGCUGUAAUUAAAGAGACUUAUCAUUGUCACCGAAGGCCCACUGCUGAACAUCAGUCUUCAUCCCGUGGAGUGGAAACCCAAAACCUGAGCCAUGGAGGAGGAUUAUUACCACAUCCUUGGUGUCACGAAAAGCGCAUCUCCUGACGAUAUAAAGAAAGCGUACAGAAAACUUGCACUAAAAUGGCAUCCAGACAAAAACCCCAAUGACAAAGAGGAGGCGGAGAAAAGGUUCAAAGAAAUCUCAGAAGCAUAUGAAGUCCUGUCAGAUGAAAACAAACGGAGAGAUUAUGAUAGAUAUGGUAAACAAGGCCUCUCUAAUAGAGGUGGCCAUUACGAUGAUGAAUAUAUGGGUGGAUUCACAUUCCGUAACCCAGAAGACGUCUUCAGGGAAUUUUUUGGAGGUCAUGAUCCAUUUGCAGAUUUCUUUGCUGAUGACACAUUUGAAGGUUUCUUUGGUGGGCGCCGUCACAGAGGUAUGAGCAGGAGCAGGACAGCAGGUCCAUUCUUUCCUGGAUUUUCUCCAUUUGGUCCGUCCUUUUCUGGAUUUGACACAGGGUUUUCUCCGUUCGGCCCAAUGGGUGGAGGAAGCUUCAGCUCAUUUUCAUCGUCUCCAUUUGGUGGUGGAGGUGGGAUGAGAAACUUCACCUCCAUUUCCACAUCCACCAAAUUCAUCAACGGAAAGAGGAUCACCACUAAACGUAUUGUAGAGAACGGUCAAGAGAGAGUGGAGGUAGAGGAGGACGGUCAGCUCAAAUCUCUCACAGUCAACGGUAAGGAGCAGUUACUCCGACUGGACAGCAAAUGAACUGCAGAUGAAUGUUCGAAGCGGUUAAACCCAAACAUUCCUAAGCAUAACCAACCUUCCCAACCAGGCUGAUGGCUACCAGUGCACCUGCUCUCCACUAGUCAGCAAACCAAGAGUAGGUAACAUGAGCGUUUAGAUGGUGCUGUUACCCUCAGUGCAGUGAAUCGCAGAGGUAAACAGGGUGAAGUCUCAUUCCAGCAUUUUUUCCUUUCUUUCUUGGGGACCAUUUAUUCCUUACAAAACCUCAGUUCGAACAAGCACACUCUAUUCCCUUUCUGUCAGCUUUUCUUUCAUCCAUAAGUGCUUGAAACUGGAGCUUAACAGGUUGUGUUUGCUUUCUGCUGUAGAGCCGUUCAACUGUUCAUAUGUUGAAGUCUUAACCUCUCCAUUCUGACAUAUUUAAUAUGAUCUAACCAAUGUAAGUAGUUGCCAUUUGUUUAUUAUAUUAGACUGUUAAUAAAUUAUUAUGAUUUUUAUUUGGCUUUUCACCUAACUGUUGCAUAGCCUGAGACCUUUCCAUUGAUCCGAACAUACUGUUUAUAUACAUUGUGUGAACUUAUAUGCUGGAAAUUCUGUUCUUUCUAAGAAAACAAAUAAGCAAAGACAGACAAAGUUUCAGGUUUAAUAAAUUUCACUUUCACCUGUUUUGAAUGCUGCACUCAGUGUUUUUGUGGUGCUUUUGGGAAACACAGAUUUAACUCUAAUUUGUGUGUCUGUGUGUGUGUGUGUGUGUAUGUGUGUGUCUUUAUCUUGGCCUGAUGAACUGUACGUGUCUCAUAACACUCACAAAAUUAAAGACAGUAAAACUUU